AGCAGAAGAAAGUAACUUGCUGAGAUGUCACUCAGGAACUUUCCCCAGAGAAGUCUGGAAAUGGAGAGUUUCCACACGAGGUUCAGCACCUGGACUCCUUUUAACAACCGGUCCUUAAACAGACAGCUCUUUCAAGAAAGAGUUACUCUCAUAAGUCACUGGUUUGGCCUCUGGACCCACAAACAACGGCAGGAGUUCUUAUUCACAAUUCUUUCACAAUGCUCUAAGUCACAGCUAAGGUUCAUCCAAGACUGGUUUUCAGAGAGGAAGCAGGUGGCCAGCGUGGAUUUCUCGACAGUGUUACCACGUUCUAUUUCUCUUUAUAUCUUCUCCUUCCUGAAUCCGAAAGACCUGUGUGCAGCUGCUCAAGUCAGCUGGCCCUGGAAGUUUCUAACGGAACAGGAUUGCUUAUGGAUGCCCAAAUGCACGAGGCUUGGGUGGUUUCUGCCCUAUACUCCAACACAGAAUGAAUACGGAGCUUGGAAACACCACUACAUUGCUUGUGUGUCCAGCUUGGAUUGGCUAACACCCAGGGAAGCUGCUGCUGUUUAUGGGACACUGAAUGAACCCAAAACUGAGGAUGAGGAGUUCAAGGAGAGGCAAAGAGAAAAGUGCCUGAGGAAAAUCAUUUGGGAGAAGAUUGCAUUCCGUAAAAAGGCGUUAUUCAAAACUCGACCCCCUUGGCUGAGUGGAACGCGCUGUUCCAAGCCCAUGAGCCUGCCCAGUGGUCCUCAGAUGCAGAGAGAAGGAGCAGGAUUCUAUGAAGCUUUGGAGAGGCAGCUUGUUCUGGCAUCUUUAGAUGCUUUGCCCAUGCGAAGCAAUCUCUCUGGAAGCCACUCCCCCCCUUUCUUAGUAAAGGAAAAUCGUCAUGGGACUGGCAGAACCGAUGACUGCUCUUUCUGUGCCUUGCGACCCUGCGUCAUCCUGAUCUCAUCGCGGAUUCCCGCCUAUGAGAUGGUGGUGGAGAGCGUUAAGGUGGGCGUCGUGACCGUGACCUACGAACACAGUGGUGUGACCUUGGAGGGCCUGCUUCAUCUCCUCGACAGAGCUCUGCAAGGGCGGAAGGCACGGAGCCUGGGAAUAUUUAGCGGUGGAAACAGCCGAGAAAUUGACUUACUCCAAGGCUAUAAAAUUUCUAUUAAAAAUUUACUGUGGCCUGAAGUGAGAGACUUCUGGGAGAAGCUGGGAAGCUAUGUGGCAACCGAAGAAGAGGGGGGCCGGAUAGACCUCUUUGUGCCACUUGGAGCAUCAGAAGCAGGCAUAGAAGUUCUUUCUCAGCUGUCUCAACUAACUGGUACCUUCUUCUCUGCCCCCACUGGAAUCGCGACUGGUUCGUUCCAACACAUUCUUAGUGACUGGCUGGGGCCACAGCAGGACAGGCUGCCUUCUUCUGACUACUUCAGUGAGUCUAAGCUGCAGGCAUGGACCAACUUCACGGACUCCCUGGAAGACACCUUGAAGUCAGUGAGGAAGGAGUUCCACCCACUCUUCAGGAACUUGCGAAGAAGCAUCAGCGGCCAGAUCCUGGGGCAACUUAUGUUUGACUCUCUGAGUGCAGCCAGCAUCCUAGAUAACCAAGAUGCUGCACAGGCUCUGGCGGAUGGGCUGGUGGCACUGUCAAAAGAAGGAUCUGACAAACCUCUGGAAUUUUUGUCAUCUUUUCUGCUAAAGAAAUCUAGUAAAAAGAGCGAGGAAUUUGAAGGAAAUGAUAUUCUGUUAGACUGUGACGUAAAAGUAACAUCGGAUCCACUCACGAAGGAAAGACAUGCCAUAGAAGACAAUUUUCAGGACACAAAGUCUAGUCAAAAGCAAAGCAUCUUGAACAUGGAGGUGCUGCUUAAGCUGGAGAGAAAGCUCCAGAUGGACUCAGUAGAGAAACGAACCCGAGUUGUGAGGGAGCUUGUACAGAGCGAGAGACGGUAUGUGCAGAUGCUGGGAAUCGUGCAGGAAGUAUACGCCAGGCCCCUGAAGGCAGCACUCGUCUCAAACAGAGCCAUUCUGAGUGCUGCCAAUAUACACAUCAUUUUCUCUGAUGUUCUACGCAUCUUAAAUCUCAACAGAGAAUUUCUGGAUAACCUAAGAGACAGACUACAGGAAUGGAGCCCAGCCCACUGUGUGGGAGAAAUAUUCAUAAAAUUUGGAAGGCAGCUGAACACAUACACCAAUUUCUUCAACAACUAUCCUGUUGUUCUGAAAACCAUUGAGAAGUGCAGAGAAAUGACACCAGCAUUCAGAGCUUUCUUGAAGAGGCAUGAUAAUACCAUUGCUACUAAAAUGCUCAGCCUGCCAGAGCUGCUCCUGUAUCCAUCCCGGAGAUUUGAAGAAUAUAUUCACCUUCUCUACGCUCUGAGACUCCAUACUUCCGCAGGACAUGUAGACCGUGGGGAUCUGACCACUGCGAUUGAUCAAAUCAAAAAGUAUAAAGGCUACAUAGAUCAGAUAAAGGAAAACAUCAAAAUGAGAGAGCAGCUGACUCACGUACAGACCAUCAUCUCAGACUGCCCCACUCUAUUGGAAGCAAACAGAUACCUGAUUAGGAUGCAAGAUGUAGUUCAACUUCACUGCUAUGAUGAGAAAAUGGAUUUCCCUUUAAGGCUCUAUGAACAGACCCGGGACCUCAGCCUCUUCCUCUUCAAUGAUGCACUACUUGUUACCAGUCGGGCCACAUCUCAUACUCCAUUUGAAAGGACGUCUAAAACAACCUACCAGUUCAUUGCGUCAGUGGCCCUUCCCAGGAUGUUCAUAGAAGACAUUCCAGACUCCAAAUAUGUCAAGAAUGCGUUCAUUCUUCAAGGUCCAAUGCGUGAAUGGAUCUGUGCUACUGAGGCGGCAGAUGACAAAUUCCUCUGGUUGUCUGCACUCCAAACGGCAAUCAGAAGCAGUAUGAAGUGAAACUAGACUCAAAACAGACAAGAGGGUCUUUGGAAAGUCAGAUACCAGGUUUCCUGCUUCAGAGCAUCUAGUAGUCGUGG